AGACCUAAAAUGGACUUCCUAGCUUCUUCCAACAAGACCUCCAAUCUCAUCUGCUCUAUUCUUACAUUCAACAGGAUGCCAAGAUAUACCAGGAUCCUUAUGCAAACUGUAUGGAGCACACUAGCAGGUCUUCCUGGGAGAGUGGAGUCUUACUGCUGACUCUCUGUGCCUACCUCCCACUCACCCUGUGGUUAUAUAACCUUUAGAAUGGAAUGUGGGAACUUCUAACUGUCCUGCUUACUGACUGAGCCCAGCCAGUGGCUGGCAGGGGCCUAAUCCUAAUAGGCAAAACUGGCUGGGAGGCACACACACUCACAUUCACAUUCACAGCCCUCUUGCCUCGGCCCAAAGGCUGUGCAGCAAAGGAAGAAGUCCUGCCUCUGUCCCCCUCCUUUCUUUCCUCCUCUGGCCUAAGUUCCAGCUGACCUCACCCCACAGGCACCUGGCCCUCGCAGAUGAGCUGGGAGGGCCCAGAGCGCCAUGCCCAGCCUUGGGGGCGGAGGGGCAGGCAGCAAAGCGUAUUUAAGACGCGGUGCUUGCAGGCACUCAGGCUUGGGGAGGAAAGCUACAGGGUUUCCUGUCUGCCCAAGCGGAGAGGCUGAGCAAGCCAGGAAGGCAAGCCGGGGUGAGCCUGUAAAGAGCCACGCGGUGAAGGUGCAACCCAGGCCGGGUAGAUCCAGAACCCCCCCCCAAAAAAGCUUCCCCCACCACGUCUAAAAGAUGCCGAGCACGGCUCUCUCAGCCACCACCUGCCUCUGCCUUUUCAUCGUGGUCUUUGUCAGCCACCCGGCCUGGCCCCAGAAGCCCCCGAAGCGUCAGGGCCCCGCACAGCUCAAGGGGGCCAAGUGCUGCGAGGCGGUGAGGGAGCUCCAGGCCCAGGUCGCCAACCUGAGUGCUGCGCUGAGUGAGCUGGGCAGGAAGCAGGAGAAGGACUGGGUGAGCGUGGUCAUGCAGGUCAUGGAGCUGGAGAGCGGCGCCAAGCGCGUGGAGUCUCGGCUCACAGACGCCGAGAGCAAGUACUCGGAGCUCAACAGCCAGAUCGACAUCAUGCAGCUCCAGGCGGCGCAGACGGUCACGCAGACCUCGGCAGACGCCACCUACGACUGCUCCUCCCUCUACCAGAAGAACUACCGCAUCUCUGGAGUGUACAAGCUUCCUUCUGACGACUUCCUGGGCAGCCCUGAGCUAGAGGUGUUCUGCGACAUGGAGACCUCAGGGGGCGGCUGGACCGUCAUUCAGAGGCGGAAGAGCGGCCUGGUCUCCUUCUACCGCGACUGGAGGCAGUACAAGCAGGGCUUCGGCAGCACCCGCGGGGACUUCUGGCUGGGCAACGACAAUAUCCACCGGCUCUCCCGGCGGCCGACCAGGCUGCGCGUGGAGAUGGAGGACUGGCAGGGGGACCGACGCUAUGCCGAGUACAGCCACUUUGUUCUGGGCAACGAGAUCAACAGCUACCGCCUCUCCCUGGGGAACUACAGUGGGGACGUGGGGAACGACGCCCUCGGCUACCACAACAACACGGCCUUCAGCACCAAGGACAAAGACAACGACAACUGCUUGGAUAAAUGUGCACAGCUCCGAAAAGGCGGGUACUGGUACAACUGCUGCACGGACUCCAACCUCAACGGCGUCUACUACCGCCUGGGCGAGCACAGCAAGCACCUGGACGGCAUCACCUGGUACGGCUGGCACGGGUCUAGCUACUCACUCAAACGCGUGGAGAUGAAAAUCCGCCCGGAAGAUUUCCAGCCCUAAGCGGAGGCUGCUGGGGAGCAGGGCGGGAGCAAUCGAGCGGGCAGGGGGAGCCUCUGAGCAGCAGAGUGAGGCUGUAGGUGUCAGGGCACUGGGGGUGAGGACGGAGCACUCAAACACAUGCUCCCGAGGCCAGCAGGGCACCUCUUCCGCGUUCGUUUUUCUAUGGAAGGAAAAGCCCAUGAGCUCAGCGACGUGUCUGCUCUGAGGCACGGUUCCGUGAAAGCAGAAAGCCUGUCUCUUUGCAGCCCUGCGUUUCAGAGGAGGAGGGCGGUAACACACGACUUUCUCUUUAUAGAAUUUAUAGUCUGUAUUUUAGCCUAGACACACACACACACACACACACGAGAUUUUUUUUCUUCUUCUAAAGACGAAAAGCAGCGUUUCUGCUGGAGUGAGCUGGUGCAGGCCAGACUUGUCAGGUCACUCCAGGCCCCGGCCCUGCACCCAGCCCGUGCUCCGAGCUCUGCCUCUGCCUGACCCAUCGGCAUUGCCAGGGGAGCUCCACCUGGAGACAAGAGCCCUGUGGACACUUCACACAAGUGCCGUAAAUACUCCUGCUCAACACACCUCUAUUUUACUUGCUUUGUAAAAUAAAGGGCUCGGAAGCCUUCUGGUCUUGUCUAUGAAAACAGUACUGAGAAAUGAAGGUAGACAGUCCUGCCUGCGCUUAUGAUUUAUGCUGGCUGUAAACAUCUCUGCUUGUAAAAGGAAAAGGCUGUAGGUGGUUACAAGUGGCCCAAGUUUUGUCUUCUAUAAUAAACUUGUAAAAACCUG